ACCCACACCCACCAAACCCUUCCCCACUUCAACAUAUAUAUAAAACACUCUAAACAACAACAAUGUCGUCACACACACAAAACAAACAAAAAUAUAUAUAUCAUUAUUCUCCCAAACCAAAACCCAAUCAUCACCAUGGAUUCCUUCCUCUCCUCAUCCUCUGUCUCCCAAGAAGAGUUCAACAUCUUCCACAGGGUUGACCGACUUCUCUACCGUCGUCUCGUCAUAGAUCUGCGCCGGGAUCCAGCCCACUCAUCUCAAGUCAUGGCUCUCUGGAUGUGGCUCGAGCACACUCUCUUCUACUUCCGAGGAAGUGGUUACGAUCUCAUCUCCAAAUAUGUCAUUGCUCUCCCCGAAACACUUCUCAUUGCCUUUGCUAAUGAAUCUGAAGCCGUCUUGAGCUGUGUUGAGACCGAUCAUUUCCCCUUCGCUUCUUCCAUUAUUCCUAACACCACCGGGGCCACCCUUCGUCCCCGCGCCCCAGCCCUACCCAUGUUCGAGAUGCUGAUCGAUUGCACGGCGAGCCUUGAAGUCUUUUACAAGAUCCGGCUUCGAGUCAUCUGGGGCGUCGCUGACAUGAGCAAUAGGGUUUGUGCUCGGGCUUUUACGGACAUCAUAGCUGAGGUGACUGAGAGGAAGAUGGUUGAGAAUAUGGCUAUGAGUGAGGCUAUUGAGGCUAUGUAUGGAGGAGGAGUAGGAAGGAGAUGGCUUAACAAUAUGAAUCGGAUGAUGAUGAUGAUGCCACCGGCUGGUUUUGCUUAUAGGUCUUUGGAUAUUCCGAGUUCAUUUCCUGCUGGACUUUUUCAGAGUAGAGGUUAUCCUUAUCAACACAGAUCAAUGGUGCCUUCGGUUGAUGAUUUUGUCAUGCCAACUCGGCCUGCUGCUAAUGCUGUCAAUACUACUACUUACAGUGAUUAUCAUGCUGCGAUUGUUCGUGAUGAAAUGGUCGAUAAUGAUAUUGAUCAUUAUCAGAAGAAUGAGGAGAGGAGUUUCAAAGCUGAUGAAGAUGUUGGUGUUGAUGGAGAUGGUGAUGGUGAUGAUGGUGAACUUGAAUUUGAUUUCAUGAGAGAGAUGUUGGACAGUUUGCAACUGAAUGAUGGUACUAAGAAGGAUGAUGAUCCUGAUUUGAGGACUAUCUUUCUCACUUUUUCCAAAGGGUACCCUAUUUCUGAGAAAGAUGUUAAACUCUUUUUCACCAGUGUGGGUGGAGAGGGUUCGAUUGAGGAUGUUCAUAUGCAACAUCGAUCUGGAGAGGAGCAAUCUCUGUUUGCUAGGCUUGUGCUUCGAUCAGCUUCAGACAUGGAAGCAGUUCUUCAAGGAAAGGAGAAAGUGAAAUUCUCCAUUGAUGGAAAACAUGUCUGGGCAAGAAAGUAUGUGCGUAUGACGUCAGCUCCUACUACUACUACUGUUACUACUCCCACCAACACCAAGUCAAACCCAUCCUCACCAAAAUCCGACCAGGCUUAAUCUAUAAGCUCUUGCCUCCUGUUAAAUUAGUGCUUUCUUUUAAUUAUCUAAU